AGGCAAAGGCACUACGGACACUGCUAGCUCCAACUGCAAGUGAAAAGACAGAGAUUAUGGAAAAUGGCGGGCAUAUGUUCAUGGGGAACCGAGGGCAAACUGGUAAUAACAACAUUAAUCUCGCUUGGGACAUUCGGGAGCUUAAUCCUACAACUACAAGAUUCGAUUGGGGAAGCAACAAUAAUACCAGCAGCUUCAACCUGUACGCCACUGCUACUUCUACUACCCCCAGCGUCACCAGAGCGCAGACUACCUCCUCUUCCACUCUCCCUGAGGCGAAUACUGCACACGCGCUCAUGUACCUUCCUCACCAAGGCAAUGCUACUCUUGCCCACCACUUGAACCAGCAACACUCUCUUUACACCGGCGACGGGUCUCAUAUGCACCCGGACCCUCAUCUUGUUUGCUUGAAGCUUGGCAAGAGGCAAUACUUCGAGGAUUCUACAGCUCUGACCGAGCGACACAUGGCCGAUGGGUUCUCCAUUGGCAAGAAAGGUAAACCCUACUACAAUAAUCAUGGCGGCGACGGCGGUAAUGCUGUAGUUGGGCCUUCCUCAUCGACAGCCAUGAUGGGGCCUCCAGCGACGGUACCAAGGUGUCAAGUUGAAGGAUGCCACGUUGCACUGGUCAAUGCUAAAGACUAUCACCGGAGGCAUAAAGUUUGUGAGAUGCACUCCAAAGCACCCAAGGUGGUGGUGCUAGGGUUAGAGCAACGUUUUUGUCAACAGUGUAGCAGGUUUCAUGUGGUGUCAGAGUUUGACGACUCGAAGAGGAGUUGCAGAAGGAGAUUGGCAGGGCACAAUGAGCGUAGAAGAAAAAGCUCUCAUGAUUCUGCUUCCAGGAACUCUGCUCAAGAUAAUAAAUUGAUGACUGGGAGAUUUCCAUACCUAUCGUCGCAGACAGAAUGUGCUCUCUCUCUUCUGUCACCUAGGGCCGAUUCCUGGAUCUCCCCAUCUGAUCUCUCCUCAAGAUCUAGUGCUGCCUUGCGCGAGCUGAUUGCAGAAAAUCGAGCUGCCAUCCUGGCUCGGCAGCUCAUACUUGAUCGAGACUGGCACUUGCACCACCAUGCGAUGGAAGACUUAGGAGAGGCCCAUCCUGGGUCCAGCUCUAUAGCAGUUCAGCAGCACCACUCAUUACCUGAGCCUCACGGCUGGGACAGGUUUCCAGAAACCGGUGCUCAAGUAACGUUAGAUCUCAUGCAAGCGUCAAGCUCAGCAUUUGGAAUGUUGUCUGUGAGAGGGAAAGCUAAAGAAGAGGAAGAAGAGUGUUCGGAGUUGUGGAAUUCCUUGGAGGGAACACACGUGCUUUGAAAUUCCUGUUAUAUAUUGGCUUGUAAUAGUUUUAGUUGCAUGGUCUUCUAGGAUGACUAUUGAAUAUUGAUUGCUGGACUGUAUAAUACAUUCAUAGUUUGAUUGAGAACAAUUGUCAGAACAAUGUUCUCACAAUGUUUUUAUAAUCAUAUUUAGGGAUAUUCUUUUAGAAUAACUAAGUUCAUAAAUGCAUUUCAAGAAUUUGCCAGCUUUCCUUAUGAUUCAUUUUGAAGUAUGAUUGUUUGUUGCU